CCGGACGCCGCCGGGGGCCUCCCGGAGCCUCGCCGCGGGCGGCCUGGCGGCGCUGGCGGCGGCGGCCAGCCGACGCGGGCGGGCGCGGCCGCGGCGGCGCGGCUCUCUCGUGCAGCAGGCCGCCACGGCAGUUGCGGAGUCCGGCGGCCUCGUCAAGAGCAUCAUCAAGCGGCCCGUGGACGCCAAGGAGACGCCCAAGAAGGGCGACAUGGUGGUGAUGCACUAUGUGGCCAGCCUCUCGGACGGCACGGUCUUUGACAGUUCCCGCUACAGGAAGGAGCGGUUCCAGUUUGUGCUCGGCGAGUCCGAGGUCAUUGACGGUUGGGACAUAUUGGUGGGGACCAUGGCGCUGGGCGAGAUCGCACAGUUCCGCAUCCCGCCCGACUACGCGUAUGGCGAGGCUGGCGCGAAGUACGGCGACGAGGUGAUUGUGCCCCCGAACGAGACCCUCACGUUCGAGGUGGAACUCCUCGACAUCGGCACUCCGAAGGAGGAAGAGCAGGUUGAGGAGGAGCCGGAGCCGGAGUCGGACGAGAAGACAUGGUUCUGGGAGAAGGACCCUGAACGCGAGAGCGGCAAGGGCAUUGGUUGGGCAUGGCAAGCAACAGGUUCAGGUAAGGAAAUCUGCGUCUCGGUGCCCAUUCCCAAGGACACAACGGUCAAGCAGAUCAAAGUCGACAUCCGGACAUUCUCGCUCCUGUGCAAGAUUGGCAGCCAGGUUUUCAUUGACAGCAAAAUCUCGCAGGACGUGGACAUGGACGACAGCUACUGGGUCGUCGACGUCAAGGACGACAAGCCCUACCUCUUGAUUUACCUGGCCAAGCUGAACAAGGAGGUGCGGUGGGAGUCCCUGCUGUUGGGAGGGGAUCCGGUCGAUGCUCCCGCGCCCAAGGCUGUGGAGGCGGACGUGGUUGACGUUGACGCGGCGCUCAGAGCUGCGAAUGCCACCACCCGGAGUUCGCCGGGCAUCAUCGACGCCAGCUGAGCCUGCCGGGCGUUCGAGGGGGUCAUCGCGGGCGGCAACGCGCACCGAGACGCUCAUGUGAGUUUAGACAACGAAAAAUGCAUUGGAACUCUGGCUCGAGGCUCCACCGUUCAUCCGAAGGUGGAGGUGGGACUGCCUCCCACGGUGCUGCCAGAAGCAUCCGAUACCACAAGCAGUUCCUCAUACUGGUCACGUCGCGCCAUGGCCUCCGCCGCGUACUGGUCUGAGUCCCUGUACGCACGGCUGCCAAAAUUCUGCGGGCGCAUCCAGCAACGAUGGGAUAGCGUCUCAGAAUGUUCGUCACCGUGUGCCGAGCAGCGGGGGCAGAGACGACGUCGAGGAUUCGCAACCCCAAACUGUAUUCUCGAC